ACGAAGGAAUAUUUCUCUCUACUAAUUUCUCAAUUUCUAACUCCUAAUUGCAAAACCAUUCAUUGAUAAAGAGUUCAAUUUAUUUUUUUUACAACGACGCAUGAUGAGUAUAAUUUAAACGGACGCCACGAUGUUGGAAUAAACGGAAACUUUGUGGCACGCACUUCUAUCUUCAGGAGCGGUAAUUCUCGGAACAGCCACCCAGGCAUCGCAAACAAGUGUGCGAUGCUUUCAAAGAGGGAGAAAGAACUGCUUGUGAGAAUAUGGGACAGGAUGUUACCAAUUGGAGAGGAUAUUGGUUCUGAGGCUCUCUUAAGGAUGUUUACGACAUUUCCGAAGACCAAAACGUAUUUUGCUCAUCUGGACAUCAGCCCCAGGUCGGCGCCACUGCUCUCUCUGGGCCAGAAGAUUGUGGAAGCUCUCCACGAAGGGGCCACGAACAUCACCACCCUGACCACUACGCUUGCUCCCCUCAGCAGGUUCCAUGCCUAUCAGCUGAGAAUAGAUCCCACUAAUUUCAAGCUUUUCUCCCACUGUGUCCUGGUGACGCUGGCGUGUCACAUGGGGGACGAGUUUGACCCGAUAGCCCACGCUGCUUGUGACAAGUACCUGUCGGCGUUUGCUGCUGUGCUCUCCGAGAAAUACAGAUGAAGAAGACUGCACAUAAGAGAAACUUAGAGAUGAAGACUGCACACAAGAGAGAUAUAUGAGAGAAAUGUAGAGACGAAGACUGCACACAAGAGAAAUAUAUGAGAGAAACUUAGAGAUGAAGACUGCACACAAGAGAGAUAUAUGAGAGAAAUGUAGAGACGAAGACUGCACACAAGAGAAAUAUACAUAGAAUAGUUGACAUCUGCACAUAAGACUGCUCAUGAAAACGUUUUGUUGCUCUUACAAGUCAUUCAGGUGUGAGAAAAGUCCCGCACACUAUCCAUUCCACUUCCUUGUAAAGGUAACACUUUCUUUGACGGGGUCUUCAUAAGGGUGUCAUGUAAUUGCCAUAAGAAUGACAUGACCCAUGGCAGAAACAUUCAUGACAAUUUAUUGAUGUUGUUAUAAUGUUUCAUUCAGCCUUGGAAUGUCAUGACACCCAAACAAUGUCAACUUGACAUUCCAAGACACAUUAGGACAACACAGAAUGACACCUUAUGACAACUGUCAUGAAUAGCCUAACAAUAACAUGUCAUUAAUGUUUCUGAGAUUAUUCUUUUGCCAGUUACAUGGCACCCUUAUUUAGGCCUCUUCAGGUGUUUGAAUACAACGUUUCAGUCAUCUUUCAUCUUCAGGUAGAUUCAAGGAAAUCAAGGAAUUUGUCUAAAGGAGGUCAAAUGACCAGGAUGUACAGUAUUAAAAUGACUUGCUUGUGGAAUGGGACAUUGUGCUAGACCAUUCCUACAUGUGAACGGACUAAGUUUGCAAAACCGCUCUUUAUGGAACUGCUCUCACAAGUCAUAAACCCAAAGAGUGCUGUGUCGGCUAAGACACCUGGAUUAUAUACGGGUACAUGGCCAUAGGGACACAGGUGUGAAUAUGGCCUGGGUCAUUUCUUAAGCCCACCCCAUCUGUCCUACUUGUUUCUUGCAAUACUCUUCACUUUCCUAUCACAAUAAAGACCCAAGUUACCAUAUAAAAAUAGAUUUCAAAAGGUGAAUCAAAAGAGUUCAGUUGUUUACAAAUACUAUGUGUCCUCUUGGAGCUUGAAAGACAACCACGGAUGACAUUCUUGGAAUGGCGAACACAAAGCCAGUUUUAUCAACAGGCAGACUAGGAAGUUGCCUAUGGGCCCCACCAAAACUGUUCACUGUAGGGGCAGGCCCACAGCAGUCAGCCCCGCCAUAGUAAAUGCCAGCAAAAAUACCUCAAGUGUGCCCCCCUUGUCUAUACUUUGUCUCAGGCCCCCAAAUCAGUAGAACCACCACUGGGGGAGCAGAAAUGUCUUUCCAGCGCUAAGAGGACGUGAAGUUGCUCCCAAUCACUGUCAACUGAACUGCUUGGAUAACAUGACCUGGAGAAAUGAGGCAACAAGUCCGAAACAUAGACUGAAGAGAUAAGA